UUUACAUUUUUUACAUAUGCCCUGGUUUUUCUGUUUGUUUCUCUUCUGCAGAUCUUAAAGCCAGCUUUCACAAUUUUAGUUGACCACGACAUGAAAUGUUUUCUCUUAUUGAUUCGUGGGACCCAUAGUAUCAAGGAUACUCUUACGGCUGCUACUGGGGCUGUUGUACCUUUCCAUCACAGCGUUGUGCAUGAGGGAGGAGUAAGCAAUUUGGUUUUAGGUUAUGCGCACUGUGGGAUGGUUGCGGCUGCUAGGUGGAUUGCAAAGCUUGCUACUCCUUGUCUUAUUAAAGCCCUUGGUGAAUAUCCUGGUUAUAAAAUCAAGAUAGUAGGGCACUCUUUAGGUGGAGGCACUGCAGCACUUCUAACAUAUAUACUGAGAGAGCAGAAAGAGUUCUCAAAAACCACCUGUGUUACCUUUGCUCCGGCUGCUUGUAUGACGUGGGAAUUGGCAGAAUCAGGCAAUGACUUUAUUACUUCUGUUAUAAAUGGAGCAGACUUAGUGCCUACAUUCUCAGCUGCUUCAGUGGAUGACUUGCGUGCUGAGGUGACUGCCUCUGCUUGGCUUAAUGAUUUGAGGAAUCAGAUUGAGCGUACUAGAAUUCUCAGUACUGUCUAUAGAUCUGCUUCAGCACUGGGUUCUCGUCUUCCAUCCAUUGCUAGUGCUAGAGCAAAAGUUGCUGGGGCAGGGGCUAUUUUGCGCCCAGUUUCAAAUAGUACACAGGUUGUGAUGAAGAGAGCUCAGAGCAUGGCUCAGGCGGCAUGGACACGUCCUACGCUUCACUUGUCUUCUUGGUCAUGCAUGGGUCCCCGUCGACGGGCCACAGCUGCUCAUAUGACCUCAAAAGAGGAGGGGAGUUCUCCUGAAUCUUCCUCUACUAAUGUAGAAGCUUCUGAGCAUCUUCUUUCAUCCCCUAAGAAGACCGCAACCACAACUGCCCUUGAAAGCAUUGAGCUUCCUGUGUCUUCGUCUGUAGGAACAAAAUGGGCAUCAGAGAUUGAAUGUUCUUACUCUGAUGAAAUAGGUCCAGAUGCUGAUGGCAAUGCUGAUCUCAGUGAUGGUGAGGAUAUAGUUAGCCAUAGUAGUCACGAAGACCGCAUGACUGAAGUUGAGUUAUGGCAACAACUUGAGCAUGAGCUUUAUGAUCGGACAGAAGGUGAGGAGGUUGAUGUGGCAAAGGAAAUAAGAGAAGAAGAAGAAGCAGCCAUUGCAGAGGUAGGUGAGGACCAGCCAGAGAGCUCUACACGAGAAAUAAAAGAGGCACACAGAUUUUUCCCUCCAGGGAGGAUUAUGCAUAUUGUUACCCUUCACUCCGAUGGUGCAGAGUGUGAAAGUGAUGGUCACCCUACAACCAGUGACUUGGACAAUGGGCGGCUAGAAGAGACAAAGGUCGGGAUUUUCCUCACUUCAAGAUCACUGUAUAGUAAACUGAGGUUGUCACAAACCAUGAUUAGUGAUCAUUUCAUGCCGGUCUAUAGAAGGCAGAUUGAUAGAUUAAUCAAAGAAUUUGAGGAGGAAGGUAUCGUUGAUGACCAUAAGACUGGAGAAGUAGUUUUAUAGGGAAAAGGAUUCUUCCAACAAAUAGUUGUUAAUAAGAACAAUAGAAAAAGGAACCCUAAUUGUUUACCUCAUUGGUUUUGAAGGCUGGCUACCUAGACAGAGUAGUAGUCCAUUGCUUUGCUGCAGUGUGGUGGUAGAAAGCCACCAGAGUCGGAUUCCUUGACUGGUGAACCAUGGAAACGGUAUCAUUUUUGCUGCUCUGAAAAUGAUGUUGGAAGGUCAUCUCGAUUACGUAUACAGCAACCAAAAUCGCAGUCUCUGUAUAUUGGAGUUUUGAGGUCACGAACUUACUCUUUUAUUCUCAAUUGAUUGAUUCGAUUUGAUGUUUGUCA